AUGAGGCUGCGACUCCUGGUAGCCGCGCUCUGCGCUGGGGUCCUGCUGGGGGCGCCCCGAGUGCGGGCCCAGCUGCGGGAGAGAGUGACCUGUACGCGUCUUUACUCGGCUGACAUCGUGUUCCUUCUCGAUGGUUCUUCAUCUAUCGGCCGAAACAACUUUAGAGAAGUCCGUGGCUUUCUAGAAGGGCUGGUGCUGCCUUUCUCUGGGGUUACCAGUGCACAGGGUGUGCGCUUUGCAGCUGUGCAGUACAGUGACGACCCACAAACAGAGUUUGGCCUGGAUGCACUUGGCUCAGGGGGUGAUGCCAUCCGUGCCAUUCGUGAGCUCGCCUACAAGGGGGGCAACACACGGACUGGAGCUGCACUUCUCCAUGUAGCUGACCACAUCUUCCUGCCCCAGCUGGCCCGACCUGGUGUCUCCAAGGUCUGCAUUCUGAUCACAGAUGGGAAGUCCCAGGACAUGGUGGACACAGCUGCCCAGAAGUUGAAGGGACAGGGGGUCAAGCUAUUUGCUGUGGGAAUCAAGAAUGCUGAUCCUGAGGAGUUGAAGCGAAUUGCCUCACAGCCAACCAGCGAUUUCUUCUUCUUCGUCAAUGACUUCAGCAUUUUAAGGACACUGCUGCCCCUUGUUUCUCGCCAAGUGUGCACGACUGCUGGUGGCGUGCCUGUGACACUGCCCCCUGAUGACGUGACCUCUGGCCCACGGGACUUGGUACUGUCUGAGGCAGAUAGUCAAUCUUUACGAGUACAGUGGACGGCGGCCAGUGGCCCGGUGACUGGCUACAAGGUCCAGUACACUCCUCUGACAGGAGUGGGGCAGCCAGUGCCGAGCCAGCGGCGAGAGGUGAGUGUUCCAGCUGGUGAGACUAGCGUGCAGCUUCAGGGCCUCCGACCACUGACCGAGUACCAGGUGACUGUGGUUGCCCUCUACGCCAACAGCAUCGGGGAGGCCGUGAGCGGUACAGCUCGGACCACUGCCCUGGAGGGGCCAGAGCUGACCAUCCAGAACACCACAACCCACAGCCUCCUGGUGGCCUGGAGAAAUGUGCCAGGUGCCACUGGCUACCGUGUGACAUGGCGGAACCUUAGAGGUGGGGCUGCUGAGCAGCAGGAGCUGGGCGCUGGGCAGCGGUCAGUGUUGCUGCGUGGCCUGGAGCCUGGUACAGACUAUGAGGUGACGGUGAGCACACUGCUUGGCCGUAGUGUGGGGCCUGCCACCACCCUGACAGCCCGCACUGACACCUCUGUUGAACAGACACUUCGCCCAGUCAUUCUGGGACCCACGUCUAUUCUUCUGUCCUGGAACCUGGUGCCUGAGGCCCGAGGCUACCGGCUGGAGUGGCGGCGUGAGAGUGGGUUAGAGCCACCAAAGAAGGUGGAGCUUCCUUCUAAUGUGAAUCGCUACCAGUUGGAAGGGCUGCAGCCAGGCACUGAGUAUCGCCUUACGCUCUACACCCUGCUGGAGGGCCGAGAGGUGGCCACACCUGCAUCUGUGGUCCCCACUGGACCAGAGAUGCCAGUGGGCCCUGUGAUGGACCUAGAAGCGGUCAAGCUGCCUGGGCAGCGAGUGCGAGUAUCGUGGAGCCCAGUCCCCAGUGCCACUGAGUAUCGUAUCACUGUGCGCAGCACCCAGGGGGUUGAGAGAACCUUGAUAGUUCCUGGGAGUCAGACAACCUUCGACUUGGAUGACGUCCGGGCAGGGCUUAGCUAUACCGUGCGUGUGUCUGCUCGAGUGGGUGUCCGAGAAGGUGAUGCCAGUGUCCUUACUGUCCACCGUGAGCCGGAAACAAUGCUUACCAUCCCAGAGCUGCGGGUAGUGGCGUCAGACGCCACACGAGUAAGGGUGGCUUGGGGACCUGUUCCUGGAGCCAGUGGAUUUCGGAUCAGCUGGAGGACAGGCAGUGGUCCAGAGUCCACUCAGACAUUGUCUCCAGACUCUACUGUCACAGACAUCACUGGGCUGCAGCCUGGGACCUCCUACCAGGUGGCUGUGUCAGCACUGCGUGGAAGAGAGGAAGGCCCUCCUGUGGUCAUCGUGGCUCGAACUGACCCUUUGGGCCCAGUGAGGACAGUCCGUGUGACUCAAUCUGGAAGCUCGUCUGUCAUUAUCAACUGGACCAGGGUUCCUGGAGCCACAGGAUACAAGAUCGCCUGGCGCUCAGGCCACGGUCCAGAGAGAACCCAGCUAGUCUCUGGGGAGAACACGAUGGCUGAGCUGGAUGAGCUGAAACCAGAUACAGAGUACACAGUUCAUGUGUGGGCCCGUGUGGCUGGUGUGGACGGGGCCCCUGCCUCUGUGGUUGUUAGGACUGCCCCUGAGCCUGUGGGCCGAGUGUCAAAGCUGCAGAUUCUCAAUGCUUCCAGUGAUGUUCUGCGGGUCACCUGGGUGGGCGUCGCUGGAGCCACACACUACAGAUUAUCCUGGGGCCGGAGUGAAGGUGGUCCCUCAAGAGAGCAGAUACUCCCAGGAAACACCGACUUUGCAGUGAUCCAGGGCCUUGAAGGUGGCGUCAGCUAUUCCGUGCGCGUGACUGCAUUUGUUGGAGAUCGUGAGGGCGCGCCAGUCUCCAUUGUUGUGACCACACCACCUGAGGCGCCCCCAUCCCUGAGGACCCUUCAUGUAGUUCCCCGCGGAGAGCAUUCGCUGUGGCUGCGCUGGGAGCCAGUACCCGGGGCACACGGCUACCAUUUACGCUGGCGCCCUGAGGGUGGCCAGGAGCAGUUCCAAAAACUGGGCCCCGAGGUCAGCAGCUAUCACCUGGAUGGACUGCAACCAGGGACCCUAUACCAAGUGUGGCUGAGUGCCCUGGGGCCCGCUGGAGAAGGGCCCCCCACGGAAGUGACUUCACGUACAGAGUCCCCUCACAUCCCUAGCACUGAGCUGCGUGUCGUGGGCACCUCGAUAGACUCGGUGACUCUGACCUGGACCCCAGUGCCUGGGGCAUCCAGCUACAUUUUGUCCUGGCGGCCACUUCGAGGCCCUGGACAAGAGGUGCCUGUGACCCCACAGACACUGCCGGGGACUUCAAACUCUCAGCAGGUGAUAGGGCUAGAGCCUGGUGUCCCCUACAUCUUCUCCCUGACACCUGUCCAAGGUGGAGUGCAGGGCCCAGAGGCCUCUGUCACACAGAACCCAGCAUGCCCCCAUGGCCUGUUAGAUGUGGUGUUCCUGGUGCACGCCACUCGGGACAAUGCACACCGCUCGGAGGCCAUGAAGAGAGUCCUAGAGCGUCUUGUGUCUGCAGUUGGGCCCCUUGGGCCACAGGCCGUCCAGGUUGGCCUCCUGUCCUAUAGUCACCGACCCUCCCCACUGUUCCCACUGAACAGUUCCCACGACCUUGGCAUCAUCUUACAAAAGAUCCGUGGCAUCCCCUUCAUAGACCCAAGUGGGAACAACCUGGGCACCGCUGUGGUCACAACUCACAGGUACCUGUUGGCUCCGGAUGCUCCUGGGCGCCGCCGGAAUGUCCCGGGGCUGAUGGUUCUGUUAGUGGAUGAACCCUUGAGAGGUGACAUCUUUGGCCCUAUCCGUGAGGCCCAGGCUGCUGGACUCAGUGUGAUGAUAUUGGGCUUGAAGGGAGCUGACCCAGAGCAGCUACGGCGCUUAGCGCCAGGCAUGGACCCUGUCCAGACUUUCUUUGCUGUGGAUGAUGGUCCAAGCCUGGACCAAGCAGUCAGUGAUUUGGCAACAGCCCUGUGUCAGGCAGCAUCAAGCACCCAGAAACAGCCAGAGCCUUGCACGAUUCAGUGUCCAAAGGGCCAGAAGGGAGAACCUGGAGAGAUUGGCCUGACAGGGCAAGCUGGGUCCCCUGGCCUCCCGGGCAGGGCCGGAGAUCCAGGCCCCCAGGGCCCCCCUGGAAGAUCCAUUGCAAAGGGCGAGAGGGGCUUCCCUGGAGCAGAUGGACCUCCAGGCAGCCCUGGAAUUCCUGGGACCCCUGGCCCAAAGGGCUCCUCAGGGUGGCCUGGUCCUCGUGGGGAAACGGGAGAGCGAGGGCCUCGAGGCCCGAAAGGGGAGCCGGGGGAGCCUGGACAAAUUACUGGGGGUGAGGGCCCAGGAGUUCCUGGGCAGAAAGGAGACCAGGGCCCUUCAGGCCCCCCUGGACCUCGUGGCCCAUUGGGGGAUCCAGGACCACGUGGUCCCCCAGGACUUCCUGGGACAUCUCUGAAGGGUGACAAAGGUGAUCGUGGGGAACGGGGCCCUCCUGGACCAGGUCGUGGUGAUACAGCUCUAGGGGAGCCAGGAGAGCCGGGCCUUCCUGGAAGCCCUGGACCUCAAGGCCCAGCUGGCCCCUCUGGAGAGAAAGGAGAGAAGGGUGAUUGUGAGGACGGAGCCCCAGGCCUCUCAGGACAACCUGGGACCCCAGGUCAGCGGGGUCCACGAGGACCUCCUGGAGAUGUUGGCCCCAAAGGUGACCGGGGACUGACAGGGAACGUGGGUGAGACUGGAGAUAAGGGUGAACGUGGAACUCCUGGCCCAGUGGGGCCCCAGGGGCUGCCAGGGGUUGCAGGGCGUCCUGGACCCGAGGGUCCUGAGGGACCACCAGGACCCACUGGCCGACGAGGAGAGAAGGGGGAGCCUGGUCCCCCUGGGGACCCUGCAGUGGUGGGACCUACAGGUGCUGGAGCCAAAGGAGAGAAAGGAGAAGUGGGGCCCACUGGCCUCAGAGGAGCCAUGGGAAUCAAAGGGGAACGGGGACCCCCAGGGUUGGUUCUUCCUGGAGACCCUGGCCCCAAGGGAGAUCCUGGAGACCGGGGUCCCACCGGCCUCACUGGGAGAGCAGGCCCCCCGGGUGACUUGGGGCCUCCUGGAGAGAAGGGAGACCUUGGGCGGCCGGGACUCCCAGGACCUGUUGGUCCCCGAGGACGAGAUGGUGAAGUUGGAGAGAAAGGGAAUGAAGGCUCCCAGGGUGACCCCGGUUUGCCUGGAAAAGCUGGCGAGCGUGGUCUUAGGGGGUUACCUGGAGCUCGGGGGCCUGUGGGAGAUAAGGGAGACCAGGGAGACCCUGGAGAAGAUGGACGAAAUGGCAUCCCUGGACCCUCUGGACCCAAGGGUGACCGUGGGGAACCGGGUCCCCCUGGGCCUCCUGGACAGCUGGUGGACACGGGACUUGGACCCAGAGAGAAGGGAGAGCCUGGGAGCCGUGGACAGGAGGGUCCUCGAGGACCCAAGGGUGACUCUGGCCCCCCAGGAGCUCCUGGAGAGAGGGGCGCUGAUGGACUUCGGGGGCUCCCAGGCCCACAGGGGGAUCCAGGUGUCCGAGGUUCAGCAGGAGAGAAGGGGGACCGGGGCCCAACUGGACUGGAUGGCCGGAACGGACUGGAUGGGAAACCAGGAGCAGCUGGCCCUUCUGGUCUGCCCGGCACGACAGGCAAAGCCGGGGAGCCAGGGAGAGACGGGCUUCCAGGCCUCCGAGGAGAACAGGGUCCCUCUGGCCCCCCAGGACCUCCUGGAGCACUGGGAAAGCCAGGCGAGGAUGGCAAACCUGGCCUGAAUGGGAAAAAUGGAGAAGCUGGGGAGCCUGGAGAAGCUGGGAGAAAGGGAGAGAAGGGAGACUCGGGUACCCCAGGAAGAGCUGGUUAUGAUGGCCACAAGGGGGAGCAUGGAGCUCCUGGUAGCCCUGGGCUCCAGGGCCCCCCAGGCCCCCCAGGGCAAGUUGGCCCCUCUGGCCAGGGUUUUCCUGGUGUCCCAGGAAACACAGGCCCCAAGGGUGACCGUGGAGAGACUGGUUCCAAAGGGGAGCAGGGCCUCCCUGGAGAGCGCGGCCUGAGAGGAGAACCUGGGAGCAUGGUGAAUGUGGAGCGGUCACUGGAAACAGCUGGCAUCAAGCUGUCUUCUCUGCGGGAGAUUGUGGAUAUCUGGGAUGAGAGCUCUGGCAGCUUCCCGUCUGUGCCUGAAAGGCGGCGUGGCCCCAAAGGGGAGCCAGGAGAACGGGGAGCCUUGGGCAAAGAGGGUCCCAUCGGCUUUCCUGGAGAGCGUGGGCUGAAGGGAGAUCGUGGAGAUCCUGGUCCUCAGGGGCCACCAGGCCUGGCUCUAGGGGAGAGGGGCCCCCCUGGGCCUCCUGGUCUUGCUGGGGAGCCUGGAAAGCCUGGGAUUCCUGGACUGCCAGGUCGAGCUGGAAGUGCAGGGGAAGCCGGAAGGCCAGGAGAGCGGGGAGAACGGGGAGAGAAAGGAGAGCGUGGAGAGCAGGGAAGAGACGGCCCUCCUGGCCUUCCUGGACCCCCAGGCCCCCCUGGCCCCAAGGUGGCUGUGGAUGAGCCAGGUCCUGAGAUCUCUGGAAAACAAGGACCCCCUGGACUCAAGGGCACUAAGGGGGAGCCAGGCAGCGAUGGUGACCGAGGCCCCAAAGGAGACAGGGGUGUGCCAGGUGUCAAGGGAGACCGGGGAGAGCUUGGAGAGAGGGGACAUGCUGGCAUCCCGGGUCUACCAGGAGAACGGGGUGUGGCUGGACCUGAAGGGAAGCCGGGCCUGCAGGGUGAGAGGGGAGCCCCUGGCCCCGUGGGUGGCCAUGGAGACCCUGGGCCACCCGGUGCCCCGGGUCUUGCUGGCCCUGCUGGACCCCAGGGACCUUCUGGCCUGAAGGGGGAGCCUGGAGAAACAGGACCACCAGGACGGGGCUUGCCUGGACCUACUGGGGCUGUCGGACUGCCUGGCCCCCCUGGCUCUUCAGGCCUUGUGGGUCCGCAGGGAUCUCCAGGUUUGCCUGGACAAGUGGGAGAGACGGGGAAGCCAGGAGUCCCAGGUCGUGAUGGUGCCAGUGGAAAAGAUGGGGACAGAGGAGCCCCUGGUGUGCCGGGACCACCAGGUCUGCCUGGCCUUGUUGGACCCAAAGGAGAACCUGGACCCAUGGGGGCUCCCGGACAGGUGGCGGUCGGGCCCCCUGGAGCAAAGGGUGAGAAGGGAGCCCCUGGAGGCUUUGCUGGAGACCUGGUGGGCGAGCCGGGAGCCAAAGGUGACCGAGGACUGCCAGGUCUGCGGGGGGAGAAGGGUGAUGCUGGCCGUGCGGGAGAGCCUGGAGACCCUGGGGAAGAUGGUCAGAAAGGGGCUCCAGGACUAAAGGGUCACAAGGGUGACCCAGGCUUUGGGACCCAGGGCCCCCCUGGGCCAACUGGUCCUCCAGGUAUGAAGGGAGACUUGGGCCUUCCUGGGCCCCCUGGCAGUCCUGGUACCGUCGGGUUCCCUGGUCAGUCAGGUGUUCGAGGAGAGAUGGGUCAGCCGGGCCCGAGCGGAGAGCGGGGUCUGGCAGGUCCCCCAGGGAGAGAAGGGGCUCCAGGCCUAAUGGGGCCACCUGGACCCCCGGGGUCAGUGGGAGCAGCCGGGGCCUCUGGACUUAAAGGAGACAAGGGAGAUCCUGGAGCAGGGCUGCCUGGAGCCCGAGGAGAGCGUGGGGAGCCAGGUGUCCGGGGUGAAGAUGGCCGGCCUGGUCAGGAGGGACCCCGAGGACUUAUGGGACUUCCAGGCAACCGUGGGGAGAAGGUGAGAAUGUGGGAGAAGGGUGAUGCUGGAUCUGCAGGGUUAAAGGGUGACAAGGGUGACUCAGCCAUGAUUGUGGGGCCUUCGGGACCACAGGGUGCCAAGGGGGAUACGGGGGAACGAGGGCCUCGGGGAAUAGAUGGUGACAAAGGACCUCGGGGAGACAGCGGGAUUCCUGGAGAGCAGGGUGUCAAAGGGGAGCCUGGUGACAAGGGCUCAGCCGGGUUACCAGGAAUACGUGGACUCAUGGGACCCAAGGGUGAGUCUGGUGCUGCAGGGAUCCCUGGAGACCCGGGACCCCCAGGAAAAGAUGGAUCCCCUGGUGUCCGAGGGAACAAAGGAGAUGCUGGCUUCAUGGGCCCACGGGGCCUCAAGGGCGAACGGGGAGUGAAAGGUGCCUGUGGCCUGGAUGGAGAGAAGGGAGACAAGGGAGAAGCUGGUUCCCCAGGCCGCCCUGGCCUAGCAGGCCGCAAAGGAGAGCUGGGGGAGCCAGGUCUGCCGGGCCAGUCGGGGCCCCCCGGAAAGGAGGGCCUGAUCGGUCCCAAGGGUGACCGAGGCUUUGAUGGGCAGCUAGGACCCAAGGGUGACCAGGGUGAGAAAGGAGAGCGGGGAACCCCAGGAAUGGGAGGCUCCCCAGGCCCCAGGGGCAAUGAUGGUUCUAGUGGUCCACCUGGGCCUCCUGGAAGUGUUGGUCCCAAAGGUCCUGAAGGACUUCAGGGCCAGAAGGGUGAGCGGGGACCUCCUGGAGAGAGUGUGGUGGGGGCUCCUGGGGCCCCUGGGACCCCUGGCGAAAGAGGGGAGCAGGGACGGCCAGGGCCUGCUGGUCCCCGGGGUGAGAAAGGAGAAGCUGCGCUGACCGAGGAUGACAUUCGGGGUUUUGUGCGUCAGGAGAUGAGUCAGCACUGCGCUUGCCAGGGCCAGUUCAGUGCAUCAGGAUCACGGCCCCUCCCUAGUUAUGCUGCAGACACUGCUGGCCCCCAGCCCAUCCAUGUACCUGUGCUCCGGGUCUCUCAUGUGGAAGAGGAAGGCCAGCUGCCCCCCGAGGACGAUGAGUUCUCAGAAUAUUCAGAGUACUCUGUGGAGGAAUACGAGGACCUAGAGGCUCCCUGGGAAGGCAAUGACCCCUGCAUAUUGCCACUGGAUGAGGGCUCCUGUACUGCCUAUACUCUGCGCUGGUAUCAUCGGGCCUCGGCUAGUAGCAAAGGAGCCUGUCGUCCCUUUGUCUAUGGUGGUUGUGGAGGCAAUGCCAACCGUUUUGGGACCCGAGAGGCUUGUGAGCGCCACUGCCUACCCAAGGUGGUCCAAAACCAGAGAGCAGAUGAACCCCUGGCCUGA